AAAACUUCAAAGAAUGUAGAUAAACAAAGUACAAACAUGAAAUAAUCUAAAUCUUAACAAAAAAUAUAAAUUUUCUUAAUCGGAACCCAAAUAAUAAUACAAUGAAUAUCAAUUUAUUAAAGUUUGUGUUUAUGUACUUGUUAAUUACCUGUGCCUUAAAUAUUUCCUGUAUUAAGCCGGACGAUAUACGCAAUUAUUUGGCGACUCGUACACCUUACCGUUUCAAACAUAAUAAAAACGACACUAGAUUAAACUUUUUAAGUUGUAAGGAGCGAAAAAUCUGGAUGUUGGUGCGUCAUGGAUCCCGAUUGCCAAGUGCAAAAGAUAUAGUAGGUGCACAAACAUAUUUAAAGGAUUUGAAGUAUGAAAUUUUAAUGCAACAUAGAAAUGGUAGAGGAGAAUUAAAUGAAGAACAGUUAAGGAGACUAGGGGGAUGGACAUGUGAUAUGCAAGUUGAAAAUCAGAAGUAUCUGACACUUGAAGGACAAGAUGAAAUGAUAUUACUUGCAGAGAGGAUGCAAAAAAGGUUACCGAAAAUAAUAAAACAUGAAUACCAAAAUCAAACAUUCCAGUUCCGGUACACUCCCACUCAACGUACACAACAAAGUGCGAGAUACUUUGCGCUUGGUUUGUUCGACAAAAAAAUAGCCCAAGAUGUUGUUUUUGAACCCGCCGUCAAAGUUGAUACAACUUUACGUUUUUACAAGCAUUGUGACAGGUGGCAAAAGCAAGUAAAGAAAAACCCUGAAACUUAUAAAGAGCAAAUGCUUUAUGGAAACAGUAGAGAAAUGAACGAUACCUUGGAAAUUGUUUCGAGAAAGUUGGGCUUUGAUAGGGUUUUAAGCUUGGAUAUUGUGGCACUGAUGUAUAGAAUAUGUGGCUUUGAAACAUCACAGCACAAACACUCUACUUCACCAUGGUGCUAUGGAUUUGAUGAGAGAAGCAUUAGGAGGCUGGAAUAUUAUUACGACUUAAAACAUUACUGGCUCGACGGGUACGGGCAUGAGUUAACGUACCGGCCUGCUUGCAUGCUGAUGAAGCAUUUAGUUGACAACAUGAGAACGCAGCGUCGAAAUGCGACAUUUUUGUUCGCCCAUUCCGGAACACUGCUAAAGCUAUUGACACACCUACAGCUGUACAAGCCAAAUUCUCAUUUGCGAGGACAUUCCAUAGAUGAUGAUAGGACAUUUAGAGUUUCCGACAUCGAUUGCUUUGCGUCUAAUAUAGCAUUCAUCUUGUACAAAUGCAAAGACGGUGAUAAGUUGUUGACUCUACACCAGGAAAAAGUCGUAAGGCUUCCGAUGUGUGAUGAAGAACUGUGCCCUUUGGAUCAUCUCAUAGAUUAUUAUAAACACACCAUAGACAAUUGUAUUUAUGAAGAUAUAUGUAAAUUGUAAAUAGUCUAUCGACACUAUAAAAUUGUUUGUUUUCCUUUGUUUUAUAAAUUUCUCGUUUGUUAUUAUGUAGCUCUUAAAAUCGACUGACUGCUGUUACGUAUGACAAGAAAUAAAUUCAUUAAACAGAUCUCAAUUAA